AUGGUGAACUUGUUGGUGAUCAAGCAUCUUCUGUUAGCAGUGAUGAUUGGCUCUCAGAUAGGAGUUGGUCGAAGGGACACAUUUGGAUCUGGAGUGAUCAUGUUUGAGGCUGUUCUUGUAAGCAAUGAUGGUGGAACUCUGACAUCCACCCUAAUCAACCUCAGUGAAGUGUCUGUACUGGAAGGAACCAAUAUUACCUGUAAUUCAACUUCUCCAUUAAACCCAAGAAUAUCCUCCACUCAAAACCAGCUCAGCUCCUCUCUUGUUAUUCUGGACUGGGACUCCCCCUCCUCUACUGGUGGUGUGUCUGUCAGCUAUAUCCUCGUCAUUUCCCCAACACCUCUCUCCAAGUCACCAGUUACCGUGGAGACUACCUUGGCACAGUUCAAUAUCUCUUACAACAUUCCCUACAACGUGACCAUCAGAGCAGUUAACUGUGUUGGCAGUAGCCGUGACAACAUGGUGAUGAUCCCUUCUAUUGUUACCUGUCCCUCCAACCCAUCACCUGCGAAUAGAGUGACCAUCGUUGGUGCUCCACCACUGCCUCCAGUAGUAGGAUCAAUCCUGAGCUUCAAUUGCAAUGGACAGACAGUAACAGCAACCUAUGAGAGUGUUAGACGAUGGUCACUUGAUCCCACCACUUACGUCUGUAUCUCAGAGCUCACAGGUGGCUCUCUUGUUGCACCGUCUAGAGGCAGUGUGGACGUCAGUGGUGGGACACCACCCUUCUCACUGGGUUCACAGGUCAUCUAUCGCUGUGAUGAGGGACUGUUCCCCCUUGAUGUGAGGACCAGUACAUGCACUGAUGUGGAGGGUAGUGGAGAGUGGGUGGAUAAUCCUGAGAGUUUGGUGUGCAGGGAGAGGCCAGGUGAAAUGUAUGAUUAUAUAGCUGUUGUUGAGCCUGUGCAUUUUGUGAAUGUAUGCAUGUGCAUUUAGGAAAUACACCUUUUGACGGACUUCUUGU